AUGUUGCAGAGAAAGGGUGUUGGUUCUACAUCAGACAGAGUACUCGAUGCUAAGACAUCGAGACGUUUAGCUCAAAAUAGAGAAGCAGCAAGAAGAGAGCAGGCUCAGAAAAAAGGUGCGUGUCAGUUUCCGGUGACAGCCUAUGUACAGCAGCUAGAGUCAAGUAGGUUACGGCUCACUCAGCUAGAGCAAGACCUUCAACGUGCUCGGUCUCAGGGAUUGUACUUUGGAGGAGGUGGUGGUGUCUCUGGGAACAUAAGCUCUGGUGCUGCAAUAUUUGACAUGGAAUAUUCAAGAUGGUUAGAUGAUGACCACAGGCUCAUGUCAGAGCUUCGAAUGGGGUUGCAAGCACAUUUAUCUGAUGGCGAUCUCAGGGUGAUUGUAGAUGGUUAUAUUGCCCAUUAUGAUGAAAUUUUCCGCCUGAAGGUAUUGGCUGCCAAAUCUGAUGUUUUCCACCUUAUUACUGGAAUGUGGACUACUCCAGCUGAACGGUGCUUCCUCUGGAUGGGUGGUUUUCGGCCAUCUGAGCUAAUUAAGAUGUUAAUACCACAAUUAGAUCCAUUAACCGAGCAGCAAAUCGUGGGGAUUUACAACCUCCAGCAAUCCUCACAACAAGCAGAGGAAGCCCUGACCCAAGGAUUAGAACAGCUUCAACAGUCCCUUAUCGACACGAUUGCUAGUGGGUCUAUCAAUGAUGGUAUGCAUCAUAUGGUUGUUGCUCUUGGCAAGCUAACCAAUCUUGAAGGUUUUGUUCGUCAGGCUGAUAAUUUAAGGCAACAAACCCUUCAUCAACUGCACCGGAUACUGACAGUUCGGCAAGCUGCAAGAUGUUUUUUGGUGAUUGGAGAGUAUUAUGGACGAUUACGAGCCCUAAGUUCCCUCUGGGUGUCUGGACCGCGAGAGUAA